AGAGUUAACACGAUUUCCAGUAAAGUCUCACUUAUGCCGUUAUUUCGAGAAACCGUGUAUGAUGGAGAAGACUGCCCACGGCAAUACCUGAUGUUCUACCGUUGGAUCCACUUCAGUUUCUUGGUAUUAGCUGGUGUUUUUUACCUUCCAAGAAUAGUUGCGAAGAAGACAAGUCACUCUCCUCUGAAGAAGUUGCUCUCUAGUCUCAUUUCUAUGGAGAAAAGAUAUGAUGACUCUGCUUUUGAAAAUGGUGUAAGCAAGAUGGUGACUUACUUUGAAAACCAUUUCUCGGUGCAUGGCUCACUCUAUACUAGACUUGUGAUGUGUCACGUUAUUGCAGUAGUCAUAGAUGUUGGUUCUUUCAUCUACCUUGAUUUCUUCAUGCAGGAAAACUUUAUUGGAUUAAUAUACAAGUCUUAUCCAUUCCAUCGAAAUCCAAGGAAUUUCUCUGAUAAUUUGUACCAGGUGUUUCCACCAUUUGUGUUCUGCUCUAUAGAUGAAUACAAUUUAAUCAACAAUGCAAGAGUUGAUGUACUGCAUUGCCACUUGCUGCUUAUGGAACUCUAUGAGAAAGUGUUUGUAGUACUUUGGGUACUGCUGGCAUUUCUAAUGGUGAUUGCAGUAGUUUCUUUGGUUGUGUUAUUGCUUAUUGUAUUGCCUCCUUUCAAUAGAGUUUUUCUGUUUACAUUCACAACAUCCAAAAGCAUUAGGAAAAUUAAAAGAAAAGUGCACCGCAUCUUUGGUUACGGGGAUUUGCAUGUGAUGAAUAUGAUGAAAAGUCAUGUGAGUGAGGGACAGUUUAUCACAUUCCUUUCACAACUUGUUGAGAAUUCUCGCUUGAAAUUCAAUGCAAUGUUUCCAAGUGAGAAAGAUGGACUGAUAAUAAGAAAUGGUAUGGAGGAUAUCAACUCCAUAACUGUACCACGGAGUCGGCCUGAACCCAGUCACUACCUACCACCAGGGACUCUGCAGCCAGAUGCUGUCUUAACCCUGCCAGAUGAUUCUCUUCUGCCAGAUCUCCAUUGCCAAAAUGGUAGUCGCACUCAAGGCCAUACCUCCUCCACUCCAAAGCCUAAAUCACGACUCCUGCCUCCUUUUUUUAAAAGUGAAAAGCAUGCUGACCUGUAUCCAAUCAUUGAGAUCUCACCGUGAAUUAAUGAUUCAAUGAAAGAAGAUCCGAUACUUUGUAAAAGAAUAUAGGAAAGGAAUUUUCUAAGUGAACUAGUCUUCAUGAUAUACACAUUAUAUGAUAAAGUACAAGUUAUGAAUAGAGUGGUAAAAAUCAGGUGACUUUAUUAAUUUCCAGAAAGUUUGACAUGUAAUGUUCCAUACUUUGCUAAUUCAUAUUGAUUUAACCCAAUGCCUUAGGGAAAAUGCUGUGCUCAUUUUCUCUCUCUCUCUCUCUCUCUCUCUCUCUCUCUCUCUCUCUCUCUCUCUCUCUCUCUCUCUCUCUCUCUCUCUCUCUCUCUCUCUCUCUCUCUCUCUCUCUCUCUCUCUCUCUCGCUCCCCCUCCAUGGUAUGUAUGUACAUGCCAAGUCCAGCGGCAUUGGGUUAAUAUACAACUAAGGGAUUCCAUUUUGAUGGAAAGCUUAUUUCAGAUUUAUUUAUUUUAUUUUCAGAAUUCAUUAGCUUACAUUAUUGUCCUCAGUGAAAUUUGAGUUUUUCAGAUAAUUAAUGUUGUGUUUAGUAGAAAAUCUUGUACACUUUGAGUUUGGUGAAGGACUAAAUUUUAGAUAUACUCCUUAAUAUAUUUGGAGAAUAUCAAUUUAAUUUUGCAGUCAUUACCUGCCAUAGUAGAUAAAAAAUCUCAAAAUUACAUUUGUUAAUAUUUGCUUAAAUUGCCAAGAUUUCAUACCAUGAAAAUAGAAGCUGCUUUGCUAUAUAUUUUGGUUUUGUACAUUUGUUUUUAAAGAAUAUCCUUACAUAAGCCAAGAAGAGAACUUUCAGUUAAUUCAGUUUGUCAGAUGUUUGCAGCUUAUUCCUUCAAUAUGUUGAAGAGAUGAUUUUUGUUCAUUAGUUUUAUGAUCAAAUUUAGAACCUUACUUUAAACAAAGAAUAUGUACUCUUAUGAUAAGAUAAGCCUUGUAAACCAGAA